AAUAGCUUUCAGCAGUAGUCAAUCGUCUUAAUCAUGUUUCGACAAAGCACUGAUCUUCUGCCUCUAUGACACAGUGCAAGGGAAUUAAUCCUAAAAAACAAAAAUGGAAGUGAUCACCUGCAAGUGAAUAUAUUGGUGUAUUGACCGUUGAGUGAAAAAUCGAGCUUUUUAGCUGGCCAUCACUUGACAAACUUUACGUACUACGACAGUCAUCAUUUUCCUAAAGAUCAAAGUUCCGUAGAUAUAUUCGUUAACUCAAUGUCGAGAUACAAACAGAAACCAUUUCCUGUGCUUUCUGCACUCCAGCUUAUUGGCUGUAUAUGUUGUCUUACCGUACCACUUUGUCUUGCUGACAAUAACGAGACACAACAACAUGAAAGGCUUUACCAAAAGGUUUUCAACACAAAGACCAACUUCCUUCCAUCAAAGAAUCAUGGAAAACCUCUAAAAGUUAAAUUUGGGUUUCAUCUUAUAAACAUCGUCGAAGUGAAUGCCAAGAUGCAGUUUAUUACAGUAUACGCCUGGAUAAUCCAGAAAUGGAAUAACCAUCUCCUCAAGUGGAACCCUAAAGAAUACAAUGGAAUAGAUAAACUAAGCGUCAAGGCCGAAAACAUAUGGGUCCCAGAUAUCCUGCUAUAUAACAAUUUAGAUGAACAAGAUCGUGUUGGCGGUGGGCCUAGCACCUAUAAAACAAGAGUAGUCAUUGAUAGCAAUGGCACUAACGUCUGGGCCAGCCCAGUAAUGUUUAAGAGUUUUUGCCGCAUCCAAGUGAGAUACUUUCCUUUGGACAGUCAGACAUGUGUGCUGACUUUUGGCUCAUGGACCAAUAGUCUCCGACACUUGGACUUAGAAGCCAUAGAUAUAGAGUUCCCGACAAAAUACUUCACCAAGAACGGGGAGUGGCUAGUGUAUAACAUUUCGUUAUAUCGGACUGAGGAUGCAUUUCCAUGUUGUGACGAUCGUUUCGCACAAUUGAACUUCGCGAUCUAUAUAAGUCGAGAAGCCUUUGACUAUCUAAUCAACCUCAUCGUUCCUUGCUGUCUUAUCUCCUCAAUGAUAUUUUUGGGUUUCAUUCUGCCUCCAGAGUCAGGAGAGCGUAUUGGUCUGAGCAUUACAGUCCUAUUAGCAAUGACAGUGUUUCAACAGCUCACCUUCGAAAUCAUGCCAGCCUAUGACUUUCCCAUUCUUGGCCAGUACUAUUUUGCCAUCGUCUUGGAAAUCAGUGCAUCUCUGGUUGUGACAACUGUCAUUCUUAACUUUUACCACCGCACUGACAGGAAAAUGCCUGGGUGGGUCAAAAAACUUCUGCUUCACUGGAUGUCACGUUUGGUAUUCCUCCACGGGGAAGUUAAGGCGAAAUAUUCAAUCAAUCAAUGGCCACCCUUGAAUGCAAUCCUACAAAUUCACACUAAGCAAUUAAAUGACAAAAAAGACCAAAGACCUAUGACCCUGCACAAGAGGAAUGACACAGCUGGGUCAGCAGGUGCUGGCUAUGGUGAUAACAUAUAUGGCAAUGAUCAAGCGCUGGAUAAUGAAGGAAUUGAAAUGCGAGGACCAUCACAUAUCAAUACCUAUCCCUUUAAUAUAAAAGACAUGGAUACCAGAGGAAACGAAAGGAAAGAAAAUCGAGAUCUUGAAGACAAAGAGCGCAAACUGAGGCACUGGGAGUGGACGCUGGCCGCUCGAAUCCUUGAUCGCUGUGUCCUAAUUGUGGCGAUUUUUCUGGGAAUCAUCACUGUCACCGCUGUCUUCCUCCGCGCUCCGGCCUUGUGGAAAGACAUUAAAGGGUUGACUGUUGAUAACCCUAUUAACAUCACUCGUAGUUUCCUCCCUUGAAAAAUACGCCAGGAACUUCUUCAAUAGAUCACGUUCGAGAUUAAAAUAUUAAAAAUAUUAUUUAGAAUAUUAUAUAUAAGUAUAUUGCACUCUUUUCUCUCUUGCCUCGGUUGUAGAGAAUCAGAGUCAAUACUAGAAAAGAAUUUCUCUUCAAACAAAGUGUAAAAUAUUAAGUACAAUGCAUGUAUUUCAAAUCAACAUUUAGAUGUAAAAUAUGAAAUAAGUGGAUCCUAAGUGACUUUUUUAGUGUUAUAACGACGUUAUGAAGAAAAAAGCUAUGCUAUAUAUCUACCAAUAUUUAAUUUAUUAUUGGAAUCAAAUAUUGUCAUACAAUAUUGGUAUUCCAAAUCUUGGUAACGAUCAGCUGAAUGAAUCCACGAACCUUACUAGCAGCCUUCAUCGAAGGGCAAACACUGCUCUCCGUGCCAUCAUUCAUGUCGAAUGCUAUUGACUCAUGGGCCAUGAGGGCGAUAGGACUAAUCGUUUGAGUCAAAUCCAACUAGUCGGUCAAAUAUAUAGAUGCAAACAAGUUUUGAAAAUAAAGUUAAAUUCAGUGUUUUGUUUUCAAAGCUAGCAAUAUAUUUUCACUCUCGUAGGAUAUAACUUAUCGGCCUAGUAGUAGGUCAUCCAAUCAUAACGCAGCAUGAACGAUCGAAAGACCGCUAUUUGAAUUUGAGUAAAUAUACAUAUAUAUUUCUUAACGCUGUUAGUA